ACGAGGGCGGUUGGGGAAAUAAAUAACCUGUCCAAUUACAGAUGAGCAUCAUUUAUUCAUGGAAGCGUGGCAGUUGGGGUAUCGUUGAAUAUUUGAACCUCAUUCUAUACUUCCCUCUCUGUUGUCCUUUGCAAAUUGCAGCGCUGGAAAAUGGCGAAUAGUUAUGUAUAUUUAUAUAUAUCUAUACGUUCCAUCAUUAUAUAUAUAUAUAUAUAUAUUAUCAUACUACCCAUUUCACGUCUAAGCGAACUUCACUAGCUCUCUUGUCUGCUUACAAUUUUGAAGCUUAGCGAUGAGUGUUCUUCUUGCUCGUGUUUUGUCAACUUGUCUGUGUGUAGUCCUUCUCGUCCAUGGUUUAGUAGAUGCUGAUGAGAAUGCUGGCGGGGUCAAGGAUGAUAAGCGCGUGUUUCCUCGUCCAAUUUUCUUGAAGGGAGGAGGUCUUGGCCAUGGGAUUUAUAACAAAGGUUUUGGACAUGGAAUUGGACACGGGCUAGGUGGUGGGGGUGGAUUAGGCGGUGGUGCAGGUGGUGGGCUAGGCGGUGGUGCAGGUGGUGGGCUAGGCGGUGGUGCAGGUGGUGGGCUAGGCGGUGGUGCAGGCGGGGGCUUAGGGGGUGGAGCUGGUGGUGGAGGAGGACUUGGAGCUGGUGGUGGUGGAGGACUUGGAGGUGGUGCCGGGGGUGGUGCAGGGGGAGGUUUUGGUGCAGGUGGAGGUGGUGGUCUUGGCGGUGGAGCUGGUGGUGGAGGUGGUUUUGGUGGUGGUGGUGGUUUUGGCGGUGGUGGGGGUGCUGGGUUUGGUGGUGGUGCCGGAUUUGGAGCUGGCGGUGGUGGCCACUAAAUGCUAAUAAUGUUUUUAAGUAACUCCUACUAAAAAAAAAAAUUGUGUUUUAUCAUUAAUUCUUUGAAGCCGUUAAGAGUGGUGUCUGCGAAGAUGCAUGAGAAAAGUGUAAACCAGUAAUUAAUCUGUUUUUAUUCUCUUCUUGUUUCUUCUUUUGAUUGAAAACCGGUUAGGAUGACUUGA